GGAGCAGUGUGUCGCUAUCCAGGGUGCUGAAAGCAAAACGACUAUGAAUGUGAAAUCAGAAAGUACCUAAAAUCUAAUACAGUUUCUGGCGUAGGUUGCGAGGUUAUGUGCGUCACACAAUAGGCGUAAUCUCCUCGUUCCAAAUACAAUUGACCAGAUCUGAUGUUGUACCAGUUGUUAGACGACCUUGAGCACAUCAAGCCGGAUCUGAAAACAGAUUGAAACAUAAGGAUUGGAGUCACUUGAGUCACUUCAUUGGCUAAAUGAAUGAGAUCUUGGACGACAUGGCAGAUAGCUAACCCUUCCUGUCCCUGACGCACUACUUUAGUGACGAUGUUUCUCACCGCAGUCUUGCAUCGCACAUCUGUUCUGUCAAAUCAUUCAAUUCAUUUAGGAUUUAUGUAACAGGUGCUGUAAACCUCAACCCUCUUGAAGCUUUCCAUGGACAGAUCUACACUUGCCCAACAGGUGGAGAGCGUUGAGCGCAAUACAGAAUUCUUGCAGCAUGAACAUCAGAUCCUCCUGAAUGGCCUUCGCCUGGAGAUGCGAAACCUGAAGAAACGUUGCAAUGAGCUGAGUUGUGAUCUAAGUGAAAGACCACCAGUAAGAAGCAGAGAAGAUGUUGAGCUAGAGGAAGCAUUGCUUCAGGCACGCUUAUUGGAGACAGAGCAACAUCUGGCCGAGCAGGAGACUUCACUGGUGGAGCUGCGGGCAGAGCUGCGUAGAAAGGGGGCGGUAGCGAGCGCGCUACAGGUUCGGCUCAGAGAUGAAGAGCGACGAUUUCUCGAGGAGCUAAAACGGCGCAGUCAUAAGAUUACGGCUCUGAGUCGUGACCUCCGGAAGCAGACUGACGUGGCCGCUCAACUCUCCUUCCAGCUGCAUUCUGCACACUUUCGUCUCUAUCACCAGGCAGAGGAUGAUGAGGAAGAAGAAGCGGAAGAAGGAGGAGCCAUGCAGGAAUCAGAUUGGACCUCAACCUCACCGUGGGAAUCUCCAGUAACAGCGGAAAGCAUCCGCCAAACCCACGCUUCAGAAAGGAUGCGGAGGUCAGAGAGAGUGAGAGAAUGUGUGCCCUGUGAAAGGGUGCUUGGGCCAGAGGAGCCUCGCCCUAUGCCUGACCCCGCCCUCUUCCUUUAUCCUUUCAGACAUAGGCUCCACCCCUUGCACAGGUCACUCAGAGGUCACUGGAGGGAAAGUGGCCUUUCGGAGACUCGGAUAAGUCGAUUCAGGGACCGACCACUGAGGAAAGAUAUUGGACCGGAGACUACAGAAUUAUAGACUAAUGUAGAUAGAUUUUGGACAUUUUAGUGUGUGCGGUCUGUCAUGAGUCAAUUCUGAAAUUUUGAUUAGAAGCUUUGUGACAAUAUUGCAUAGAUCGCUCGUCCUGUAAUCUAAACAAAUCAAUAUGCUUAUUGUCUUAUUUUGCAAAUGCUGACAAUUUUUGAAAGAUUUAAAGCUUUAAAGCGACUUGAAAAACUUGUAACUUGAAACAUGAAAAGUUCUGGUGUACCUUUUCAAACUUGCUGCGUUGUUAAAUGCAGAACAAUUCACUCAUCAUAGGGUUGUGUUUUUGCUCUCUCUGUCUCUAUUUUAUGAAAAGAAACAUGCACUUAGAAUAUUGUAUUUAACAGAGGCAUAUGAAAUAUUAUUACUCAAAGUUUAAUCAUUAAAUACAUUUUCCUUA